GGCUACUUCCGGUCUGGUCUCCGGGGGCGGCGACGGCGCGGAAGAAUAUCUCUGGUAUGACAAGGGCAGAGAUCCUGUCUGCCUUGUGACCAUGAAGGAGACAGACCGGGAGGCUGUUGCAACAGCGGUCCAGAGGGUUGCUGGCAUGCUUCAGCGCCCAGACCAGCUGGAUAAAGUGGAGCAGUACCGCAGAAGAGAGGCUCGGAAAAAAGCCUCCGUGGAGGCCAGAUUGAAGGCCGCAAUCCAGUCACAGUUGGAUGGCGUGCGCACGGGCCUGAGCCAGCUCCAUAAUGCGCUGAAUGAUGUCAAAGACAUCCAGCAGUCGCUGGCCGACGUCAGCAAAGACUGGCGUCAGAGCAUCAACACCAUCGAGAGCCUCAAGGACGUGAAGGACGCGGUGGUGCAACACAGUCAGCUUGCCGCCGCCGUGGAGAACCUCAAGAACAUCUUCUCAGUGCCCGAGAUUGUGAGGGAGACCCAGGACCUAAUUGAACAAGGGGCGCUCCUGCAAGCCCACCGGAAGCUGAUGGAUCUGGAGUGCUCCCGGGACGGGCUGAUGUAUGAGCAGUACCGCAUGGACAGUGGGAACACACGUGACAUGACCCUCAUCCACGGCUACUUUGGCAGCACGCAGGGGCUCUCUGACGAGCUGGCCAAGCAGCUGUGGAUGGUGCUGCAGAGGUCACUGGUCACUGUCCGCCGUGACCCCACCUUGCUGGUCUCAGUUGUCAGGAUAAUUGAAAGGGAAGAAAAAAUUGACAGGCGUAUUCUUGACCGAAAAAAGCAAACUGGCUUUGUUCCUCCUGGGAGGCCCAAAAGUUGGAAAGAGAAAAUGUUUGCCAUCUUGGAGAGGACUGUGACCACUAGAAUCGAGGGCACACAGGCAGACACCAGAGAGUCUGACAAGAUGUGGCUCGUCCGCCACCUAGAAAUUAUAAGGAAGUACGUCCUAGAUGACCUCAUCAUUGCCAAAAACCUGAUGGUGCAGUGUUUUCCUCCCCAUUAUGAGAUCUUCAAAAACCUCCUGAACAUGUACCACCAAGCCUUGAGCACGCGGAUGCAGGAGCUCGCAUCGGAAGACUUGGAAGCCAAUGAGAUCGUGAGCCUCCUGACGUGGGUCCUGAACACCUACACAAGUGUGGAGAUGAUGGGGAACGUAGAGCUGGCACCAGAAGUAGACGUCAGUACCCUGGAGCCUUUGCUUUCUCCACACGUGGUCUCUGAGCUGCUCGACACAUACAUGUCAACGCUCACUUCGAACAUCAUUGCCUGGCUGCGGAAAGCACUAGAAACAGAUAGGAAAGACUGGGUCAAAGAGACUGAGCCCGAAGCAGACCAAGACGGGUACUACCAGACAACGCUGCCUGCCAUCGUCUUCCAGAUGUUUGAACAGAAUCUUCAAGUUGCUGCUCAGAUAAGUGAAGAUUUGAAAACAAAGGUACUAGUUUUGUGUCUUCAGCAAAUGAAUUCUUUCCUAAGUAGAUACAAAGAUGAAGUUCAGUUGUAUAAAGAAGACCACCUGCGCAAUCGGCAGCACCCGCACUGCUAUGUUCAGUACGUGAUCGCAGUCAUCAACAACUGCCAGACCUUUAAAGAAUCCAUAGUCAGUUUAAAAAGGAAGUAUUUAAGAAAUGGAGUGGAGGAGGGUGCGUCUCUGAGCCAACCAAACAUGGACGGGAUUUUGGACGCCAUUGCGAAGGAGGGUUGUGGCAGCCUGCUGGAGGAGGUCUUCCUGGACCUGGAGCAACAUCUGAAUGAAUUAAUGACAAAGAAGUGGCUGUUAGGAUCAAACGCUGUGGACAUCAUCUGCGUCACCGUGGAAGACUAUUUCAACGAUUUUGCCAAGAUUAAAAAGCCCUAUAAAAAGAGGAUGACGGCUGAGGCGCACCGGCGCGUGGUGGUGGAGUACCUGCGGGCCGCCAUGCAGAAGCGCAUCUCGUUCCGGAGCGCCGAGGAGCGCAAGGAGGGUGCGGAGAAGAUGGUCCGGGAGGCCGAGCAGCUGCGCUUCCUCUUCCGGAAGCUGGCGUCUGGGUUUGGAGAAGACGUGGAUGGAUACUGUGACACGAUCAUUGCUGUCGCAGAAGUUAUUAAGCUGACAGACCCUUCGCUGCUCUACCUGGAAGUCUCGACUCUGGUCAGCAAAUAUCCAGACAUCAGAGAUGACCACAUUGGUGCACUGCUGGCUUUGCGCGGGGACACCAACCGGGACAUGAAGCAGACCAUCGUCGAGACGCUGGAGCAGGGCCCAACUCAGGCGAGUCCCGGCUACGUGCCCAUCUUCAGGGAGAUCGCCGUGCCCGGCCUGAACGUGGCGAAGCUCCUAAAGUAGCCGUGUCUGUCUGCUCUGUGUGUGCCACUGUGGCCCCACCUGCCACCCCAGAAACACAUUAAAGCAAAGUCACUCUCCGGGUUCCACCUCUGAUGGCUUUGUUAUGUGUGCCUGUCCUUUCCAGCACUGAAACACAUCCGUACAAGGUGCGUGUGGCACAAGCUCCUCACAACCCUGGUUCCGCAGUUUUCCCCGUUUUCGUGGUAAAAGUCCUUUAUGAGCAGGACUCUGCUGCAAGAUCCUCAUGUGCUGGAUUGUUCAUCAAGGGGCCAAGAGGUGUGGAGGGGGAGAGAACGUGUGCAGCCCACUCGCCACCACCUCCAGCCUCUGCUCACACUGUGCCUGCUGUGAACGCUCUGGCAUUCCGUCGCUUAAUUAGUGUCACCUUCCUCAGAGAGAGGGAAUCGAGGCGAUUUGUCUUUUCCAGUUAAGGUUUUCUCAGUAGUGGUGACCUAGCAAUGCCCAGAAACUGCUUUUAGAUGGUCAUCUAUGGAAAUAACAAUCUUCUCUCAGCCUGGCUGUGGCAGCCGAGCUGUGUGCUGAGCUCCAGGUUUCACCCCAGCCUUUCUGACUGUCCCAGACUCACACCCCAGGGCCUUCUGACAGACAAGAAACUCACCUGCUGGAGCCGCUGAGCCAGGUGAGCAGACCCUGGCACUGGCGGUGCCAGCCGGCCCAGUCAUACCUGGGCGACAAGCAGCAUCUUGAGUAAGUUUUGGUAAAAGCAUAUAAUACGAAAGCGAAUAUUUUUUGGGAAUACAUUUCAAGGUCUGCAACUCAUGCUUAUUCUUGAUGCCAUCCCCUAAAUCCUCUUUUUCUGUGAUUUGGCCAUCUCUCUACAGCAUCUGCCUUCAAUGGUAGCACCACUUUGCACAUUAAUCUUUCAUUUUUUGCUAAGCUAAUUGAGAGAAUCAUACCCAGAAUGGACAGCAAGCCCUUUCACACCAUGUCAGAGGGUUUUGCACUGUUAGAGGGCCCGACCUCUGUGUCCCCGGCUUGGCAGGGAGAUGCUGGCUCGUGCUGAGGGAGGAGUGGGCAUUUGCCCCAGCUCUCGUGGGUGCUGGCGUUGUCCCUGCCUGGUUCAGCGGUGGGACUUGCUCACUCAGCAGCAUGCCUGCCCAGCCCUUGCUGGACGCAUGCUCUAAGUCUGCAUGGGGACAUGUGCUUCAUUUUCAGGACAUUUCGAGGUGGCAGAGUUGACAUUUUGCUUCUGUUUCAUCCUCUCAAGAUGUGAAAAAUUUACAAAUAGGAUUUUUUAUUGAAUCAAAACCUAAGUGGAAUUGAGUAACCAGGCAAAGUUCUUAUGAUAGGGAGCAUAUGAGCAUUACUGGCUCAGAAGAGACGUGAUCUUCCUGAAGACAUCCAGCUAAUAAUCCCUGUCUCUUAACACACAUGUUAACCUAGUUCCCACUUGACGUGCUCUGAACAUGUUGCAUAUAGUAAGUCCUCACUAAAUAUAUGUGGAAUUAAUAAAAUUCAUAGUGUUAAUCAUUA